AUGUGUCAGGGGGGCAGUAAAGGACUAGUUAGGCAGGACACGCCCCUAAAGACGAGGCCUGUCUCGCCAUAUACGCUCCAGGCCCCAGUUGAGGCGGACGGACUGUCCUGGCCGAGUGCAGGGGCACGUGUGCGGGUCGAGGAGGGCACGGAGGAAGAGGCGGCACGCGCAGCCCGGAUAGCUGAUGCAGUCAAGACGAUUUUGACGGAGCUGGGCGAAGACGUGACGCGGGAGGGCCUGCUGGACACCCCGCAACGGUACGCCAAAGCGAUGCUGUACUUCACCAAGGGCUACCAAGACAAUAUUUUGAACGAUGUGAUCAAUAAUGCUGUGUUUGACGAAGAUCAUGACGAGAUGGUAAUUGUGCGGGAUAUUGAGAUCCAUUCGCUGUGCGAGCACCACCUGGUACCCUUCUUCGGGAAGGUGCAUAUUGGCUACAUACCUCGGAGGAGAGUCCUCGGGUUGUCGAAGCUCGCCCGGCUAGCGGAAAUGUACGCGCGCAGGCUGCAGGUGCAGGAGCGGCUGACGAAGCAGAUUGCGAUGGCAUUGCAGGAUAUACUGCGCCCUAGAGGAGUAGCCGUUGUGGUGGAGGCCACGCAUAUGUGCAUGGUGUCACGGGGGGUCCAGAAGUCCGGGUCCUCAACUGUCACCUCGUGUAUGCUGGGCUGCUUCAGAGACAUGCACAAGACCCGGGAAGAAUUCUUGAACCUCUUGAGAAAUAGAAGUGUAUAG